UAACAAUCGCAAAGGCGCAUGGGAUUGUCCUCUUCGAUCUCUUCAAAAUCUGCCAUCGAUCCAAUAAACAGAAAUGGCGCCACGAAAGGGUCAAAAAACACCGAAGGCCGAGGAAAAUAUUACCCUAGGUCUUCAGGUUGGUGAGGGUGAAUUAGCAUUUGGAGUUGCUCACAUUUUUGCUUCAUUUAACGAUACUUUCGUUCAUGUGACUGACUUGUCUGGCAGGGAAACAAUCUCCCGUGUCACAGGUGGAAUGAAGGUCAAAGCAGACAGAGAUGAGGCUUCCCCCUAUGCUGCUAUGUUGGCUGCCCAAGAUGUUGCAGUCAGAUGCAAGGAGAUUGGUAUCAAUGCUCUUCACAUUAAGCUUAGGGCUACUGGUGGCAACAAAACUAAGACCCCAGGACCAGGAGCCCAGUCUGCAUUGAGAGCCCUUGCUCGAUCAGGCAUGAAGAUUGGGCGUAUUGAGGAUGUUACUCCCAUUCCCUCUGACAGUACCCGAAGAAAGGGAGGCCGACGUGGUAGACGUCUGUAAAUGUAUUGUCUUGAUAGUCAAGAAAUAAAGCCAAAUUAAAAACG